AGAAACUUCAACUUCUCAGAGUUCAGUUCAGGUUCAGUCAGAGACACAAAGUUAGAGUUUAGUUAGUUUGUUUAGAGUAGAGAAGGGAGAAGUCGGAGUCGUCGGUGCGGUGCCAGUGUUUUGCACUCAUCGUCACUUUAGGCUUUUGUGUUUAUUGAAGAACUAAAACAGACAAAACAACUUCUUUUUAAUUGACUAAAACCGGUGAUUGUUGUCAUAGUGUUUGUUCGAACCCCCUGAUUGAAGUCUAUUAGCUUAGUGUUGUGUAAUGAGAGUUCAAGUGGUUUAGUUUUUCACAUCCAUAUAUCUUAUCAACAUUGUCGUUCCAAAUCAUUGUUUUCAUUAUUGACGAUAAUGUCCUUUCAGUCUCUUUCCGAGUCAUUUGGUGUCGCUUCAUUUUUCGAUAAUAUUACCAUUAAAUCUGGAAACUCGUCAUUUAUAACCUCCAAGCCAGGAGGAACAGACGAAAUUGGCGUUGGACUUGCAAUGGAAGUGUUAAAUCUGGCCGUUUCAACUUUUUUGGACAAACCAUGGAUAGGUUCACUGAUGGGUUCCUUCCUAGUCAGUCUCAGUGGAGUUUUCCCUUUGCUUCUCAUCCACAUUGAUGAUGAAGACAGUAUUAAAAAAGGAGCUCAGGGGGCCUCUCUCAAAGUUCUGCUCAGCUUUGCUGUGGGAGGCCUGCUGGGAGAUGUGUUCCUACAUCUGCUACCAGAGGCUUGGACCUUACAAGAGCAAUACACCCAUGGUAAUCCAUCCAUGUUCUGCGGUGUCUGGGUGCUGGUGGGGUUGUUGCUGUUCAUCAUUGUGGAGAAGAUAUUCUCAGGUCCAAACCCAUACGAGGAGGUGGCUGACGGACUGUCGGCAGUGCCAGUGCCAGAGUCAGCAGACGACAACUGUUCACACAACAACAACUGUGAAGACAAGAUCUGCCCCUCCAAGGCCAAGGAGCGGCCCUCACAUGAGCAGGUGGCCGGGUACCUAAACCUGAUAGCCAACGGCAUUGACAACUUCACCCACGGUUUGGCUGUUGGUGGCAGUUUUCUCUUGUCUCCUAGAGUUGGAGCUCUCACCACCUUUGCCAUUUUAGUUCAUGAAGUUCCUCAUGAGAUCGGAGACUUUGCCAUUCUGCUGAGAGCUGGGUUCAGUAGAUGGGACGCAGCCAAGGCUCAACUGCUGACAGGAAUGGCUGGCACUGUCGGGGCCCUCACUGCUGUCAUGUUCAGUGGCGCUGGCACCAGCAUGGAAGCCAAAACGUCAUGGAUCCUGCCAUUCACUGCGGGUGGCUUCCUACACAUCUCUCUGGUGACAGUGUUGCCGGAGUUGCUGCAAGAGGACAACCCGAAAGAGUCACUGAAGCAGUUUGCCAGCCUGGUCAGUGGUAUCGUACUGAUGGCGGCACUCACUGCUAUAUGUGAAGGCUAAACACACCACAUCAGUCACCAGCCACAACAAGAGGCCAGUCCAGUAUACUUACAAGUCCACCUAUAUCACUAUAUACACCUAGCUUAUAAAUAGUUCUAUGGUUUGAUAGUUUGUUAAUUCGGGUAAACAAUUAAGCCUUCGUAAUUUUUGCAAACCAUGUUUCUGUUAUGUGAGUAUUUAGAGGAGAAAAAAAAACCAUGAAUGAUAGCGCUGUGAUUGUAAAUAGUUUUUUAAUUAAACAAAACUUGCUGUAAGUUAUACAAGUUAUGUUAAUUGUGAGGAGAGUUAAUUUAAAUAUACAUUAGACCUUACGAUUAUUUUAGUCCUUACGAUUCAGUUUCAUAACAACACAGUUAGUCGAUUAGUACAAGAACAAACGGGCAUUUGAACUAUAUUUUUUACGUUACACAUUCACUUUAUCUGAAUUUCUUUCUCGCCAAGUUCAGCUGUAAUUCAUUAUAAUCAAUACUGAUGUUUUAUAGCCUAAAAUAUGUUAACUUCUUUUAUAAUAUUUCAAACUGGGUUUCUUAAUUGAAUCGAAAUUGCCACUGUGUAGUAUUAUUAGUCGUAAUACUGCCAUUCCUACAUAUCAGACUGAUUAUGUUAGUGAAGUUUGCCACCAUGAACACAACGUAACUUCAUUAUUGAGAGUAAUUAAGAGUUACUAGGGAUAUUUUUACUAUUGACUAGCAUUUUAAAGGUGCACUUUCAAAUCAUAACAACUGUUAUGUAAUGAGUGGUUUUCUAAUAUUAAUUUAGAAAAUGCUAUUUACUUUAGUGUUAAGGUUAGUUUCUGAUUAGUUAUUAGACAUUCUAGUUGGCACUCUAUAUUUGCCAUACAUGCUUUGAUUUUUUGCACAAACAGUUGAUAUAUCUCUACACCUUAUUAAGUGACUUAUGAAUUGCGGUGAGUUCUUGUAUAUUUCACUUGUUUUAGAGUUUACUGUUCUCCUCCUUUUGUAGUUUCUUCACCAUAAUAACGUCACAGAACACGUACAGGUAUUAGAGUGUGGGAUAAAAGAAAUAUUAAAAUAUUGAUUAUGACUAAGUAACUCUAAUUCAUUCAAUUGACAAAGAGGUUUAGAAAAUACUCUUAAUGUUUUAGAAACAACCACUUGAAUAACUUUGUUUAACUCAAACUUAAACAGAGUAAAUAAAAAGCAUACAUCUUCUUUUUGCAUCUAAUAAAUAAUUCUAUUGCUGAAAAAAAUGUACUCGGUAUCAUACGGUUUGUGUUUUGCUACAAAUUGUGUCAUUUAAAUAAAUUAAAUUAUAAAAUAUCAAUUUUCUUAUACAGUAUUAACACUUGCCUAUUUUAUCUUAUUUGCAUUAAGAUUUUUGGCGAAAUUCUUGAUCCACCCUGAUUUUGCUUUCUAAGUUUACUGGUGAUGAUAACAAUCCCUUAACACUGUUCUUUCUUCAACUUUUUCUCCUUCAUUAUGGUGCUGACUCACACUGAUUUACUUUGUGUAUUUUAGAUUUUUAGGUUUAUAAAUCACAUUUUUUUCAUAAUUGAAUUAUGUGAAAUUGAAGAAAUAUUUAGAAGUGUUAUGAUUGUUUCCUUAUCUUAGACAUUAUUUAGUAAGAAAUGCCGAUUGAUCAAGACACUCAUUUUUGCUGCAAUUUUCUACAUGUAUUGGCUUGUACAACCUUUUCUCAGAUAAAAUAAUUUGUUUGUCUUUUAAGUAUGGAAAUUGUAGUUGGUAUUUAUUAACCAUAGCCUCCAAUAUAAGUUUAAAUAUGUUAAAUGUUAAAUCCAUGUAAUGUUUUUUACAAAAUCUACAUCUUAAAAUCAGAUAAUAUUAAAGGAGAUAAUGUUAUUUUUGUAACAAGCUUAACUUUUCUAGAAGUUUGUAAAAAAACUUGUGACACAUUUUGUAUGUAAAAAUUUCAAUAAGUAGUGUUUUAUAUUGAUAUUUAGUAAUAAUCUGAAUUGUUGUGAUAUAGUCUGUUAUAAAUAUUGAUAUUAGUCAUGUGCAGAUAUUUUUGUACACUAAACAUUUUGUAGUCUGAAGAUUGUACAUAACGUAUUUGUUGUAAAUAAAAUUAUGUUCAAGUUGU